UCCUGCCUCCACUGGCUAACCAAGCAGCUCUUCAUUUUCCUCCUCUCAUGUGUGGAAUCUUCCCCUGCCCGCCCCCCCAUCAUUAUCAGAGUCCCAUUUCCCAGUGAGGCCAUACUUGGUGAAGGGAGACAGCACAUCCGACCAGCACACUGGCAAUGGGUCUGUGUGGGCCCCAUGCUCUGGGCUGGCUCCCUGUGCACUCCACAGCAAGUGUUGUCAGCCAGCUGGAAUCUCAGCCCCCCAACACCCACCCAGCAGCAGGCAGACACCUUUCUUCUGCCUGUUCAGGGCAAUCACCCUGCAACCCCCCCCCCCCCCAUCUCUCAUUCCUCUCUGAACCCUCUGCUUAGGUGUGCCCCUUCUCUCUAGUCCCUCACAAAGCUUUGGCAAAGGGCCUUCAACUUCCAGACCCCGACUCCCACCAGGGCUUCAACCAGAGCAAUUAGCAGCUGCCAACAAGCACCUGCAGCCAGGCUGCUCAUCAGAUAAAUUGGAUGGAGGUGAGCUAGGUAUGUUAGUAGGGUUUCUGGUGUUGUGGGUAGAGUUGCCUGUGCUUGCUUGGGUUUGUGUGCUGCCAUGGAGCCUCAGCUGGGUAAGGGGUCUGCAAAUGCUGUGGGGUCCUUCAGAGCUGGAGCUUGGCUAUGGCUAUGGUUGGGCUAUGGUGGCUGUGGUCCUUGGGAGGCUGCAGGGAUGAGCAGGGUUGUGGCUGCUUGGCUUCUGGGGCUUUGCAGCCCCUGAGGGUGUGAAUGUCUUGGGACUGGACUCCCAUCCUAAAUGGUGCCUCUUUCAGCAGCCAAACCCGCUGGCAUGGCCCAGUGCUUUCGGGCCCAGCACCCUCCAACCCUGCAGAUGGUCAAGGAGGCACUGCGGGCCCAUGAUGAGAAGAAGGGUGCCUCAGUCGUUGCCAUCAAGCGUUUCAUCCUGGCCAAGUACCCCACUGUGGACCCCAUCCGCCUCAAGUACCUGCUGAAGCAGGCGCUGAGCAAGGGGCUGAGCUGCGGGGACCUGGUGCGGCCCCACAACUCUUCUUCUGUGGGAGCCACUGGCACCUACAAGCUAGCCCUCAAGAAGCCACUGCACAAGCAGCAGGUGGGCCAGGCAGAUCCUGACAGAAGGCAGGCUCCAAAGCCAAGACAGAAAGGGACCACCGAGGCCUCUGUGGCAGGAGCACAACAGCAAGGUGCCACGAAGCAGAAGCCAACAGCCACAAAGCAGCAGCCAAAGGCGAAGCCUGUGAGUGGCCAGUCACGAGCAGCAGAGAAGCCCAGGAGCGAUAGAGCAAAGCACCCUCGAACUGCUGACCGGCCCCGGGCUCAUGGCACAGGGCCUUCGGAGCCCCUGAGAACUGCCAGCCGCCACCAGGCCCCCCGAAAAGGACACUCAGGACCCAGCGCAGCUCUGGCUGCUGAGAAUGCAGGAGGGGGUGAAAGUGACAGUUCUUCAGGUGCUGAGGUGAAGGGGCCCCAAAAGGCCCCCAGGGGAAAGAGCAAGGGGAAGGUGCCCAAGGGGGCACAGCAGGAUGCCCCCAAGGCACAGGCAGGUCAAGACCAGGCAAGGAAGCCCCGGGUGACUCCAGGAGCUGGGCAGGGGAAGGCCAGGCUGAAGAAGGCAGCUCCCACAGCAGGGGACAGAAAGGCUCCAUAAGGAGCUUAGCCCUGCUUCAGCUGGCCCCAGGCCCUUGGGGUCUGGGCUGGUUUCAGUCCCUAGGACAGGUUUUAACUCGGUGUUCUCCUCAUCCUAAUAAAGCUGCUUUACUUGCCUCAUGGAA